ACACGGGCGCUUUGUCUCGCUACAGCAGCCACUCAGAGGGGCUCUGCGACUGAAAGAUCUCUCCUGCAUUCGGGGGGCGACGGAGGGAGAAGGGAGGAAGCAGCGCGCAUUUUGGACGCUGAACGGGCUCGAGAUGUGUGCGUGAAGAGGGCUAUGUGGCAGCGGAGAGCCAGGCAUAGAUUUUUGGAAGCGCCAGGGGAGCGUGAGCACACGGGCCAUCUCGGGGUGAUGGAGGGAGCGCUGCUGCUUUGGCUUUCGCACGAUAACGCGACCCGGAUGCUGCCGGCUGGGCCGAGCUGAGUCUGUGCUGUGUUUUUUUUUGCCCUCUCGUUGAACCUGAUCCACGCAUGGAGAGAGGAUCUGUACAUUUGUCCUGCUACGAGCGAUGGUCAUCGGGCAUUACGGUCAGCCUGCAGCGCUGCAGAAACAAACAGGGGAUUUGAUGGACGCAUGAAGGGCCGAGACACUGGCUAGACCUAUCUGACUGACUGACUGCAGGUUCCUGGAGGGAGUAGGGAUGCGGCGCGUUCUUAGUAUAAGCCAGUUUGCUCGUAACGGUGGGGGUACCUGAAUAAUAGAAACACUCAGCCUAGACGCGUGUGAGUAAUUGGGAUAGGAUUGGGAUCUGGCUCUGCUGGAGGCGUCAUGAUGUCUCUGAGAUGCCACAGAAGUAAGCCCGUUUGGGCCGCCCUGUGCGUGCUGGUGCUCUGCUGGCUCUACAUCUUCCCCGUCGACAGGAUGCCCAGCGACAAAGAGGUAGUGGAGGAGGUUCUGAGACAGGGCCAAGCUUGGACCAGGAACCAGACUGGCAUUGAUUUGUACAGGAAGUUGAUAGCAGAAUGCUGUGACCCGAAGAGGAUGUUUGCAGUCACCAAGGAGAACUCACCAAUAGGGAAGGUUCUGUGGUACGAUGGCGAGUUCUACCACUAUCACACAGUCAACAACGAGACCUAUCAGUUCUUCAUACAGGAUACUCCUCUGCAGCUGCCGCUGAAGAAGUGUUCAGUGGUGGGUAACGGAGGGGUUCUGAAGAACAGCGGCUGUGGAAGAGACAUUGACCAGGCCGACUUUGUUAUGAGAUGUAACCUGCCUCCACUGUCCAAAGAAUACACUGAUGAUGUGGGUACAAAGACACAGCUGGUGACCGCCAAUCCCAGUAUUAUAGAGAAGAGCUUUCAGAACCUCCUGUGGUCUCGGAAAGCCUUCGUGGAGAGCAUGAAGGCCUACGGCUCCAGCUACAUCUACAUGCCUGCUUUUUCCAUGAAGCCAGGGACUGACCCCUCCCUCAGGGCUUAUCACGCCCUGGCUGACUCCGCCUCCAACCAGACCGUGCUGUUUGCCAACCCGGACUUUCUGAAGAACGUGGGCCGCUUCUGGAAGAGCCGUGGCGUGCACGGCAAGCGCCUGUCCACUGGUCUCUUCCUGGUCAGCCUUGCGCUGGGCCUGUGCGAGGAAGUCACGGUCUACGGCUUCUGGCCCUUUUCGGUGGGGCUGGAUGAGCGGCCAGUCAGUCAUCACUAUUACGACAACAUCCUGCCCUCGUCGGGCUUCCACGCCAUGCCCGAGGAGUUCCUGCAGCUGUGGCACCUUCACAAGAGCGGUACACUGCGCAUGCGCGUGGGCCGUUGUGCACAAGGAAAGGUCCAGUAAGAGGAGGAGUGGUUGCCCUGGGCAACCGUCUUAGAGUUUUUUCUGUUAGUGGCUCCGCCCCCCACCACCACAACCACCACAACCACCACCACCUUUUCUUCAGAUUAGCAUAAGAAUAAGGAGUGAGAAUAACCCCCCCCCAAACUGAUAUCACCCGUAGUCUCUGCUUGAUUGCAGUAGAAAAAGACUCAAUACCACCUCCUAACGCACACAUCCCCACCCUCACACAUGCACUCAGUCACACAAAUACACACAUUUUCUUUGCUGUUGCCAAGGGGAUGUCAUUUAGACCUGCAUGGACGUCCAUUUCCACAAUUCACCAGGCAGCGUUUGAGGACUGAGGUGGGGGGAUGCGGGGGCUGGUUAGGAGCCAUAGGCUUACUGUUUGAAUGCUAUAGCCAUAGCUGUGUUUUUUUAUGGCAGCUGGGCUCUAGGACCCCCCGGGCCUUUUUUUUUUCUCUAAAGCCAGAACAAGAGGACGGGGCGUGUGGGGGUGGGUACUUAAAGAUGUCUUGAAUGGAUUCAGAUGAAGGAGAAGAAAUAAGAAAAGCAGGCUCUUUGCCAAGGCAACAGAGUCGGAGAGGGGGGUUGGUUAGGGUGGGUAGAUCUGGGCUAAAAAUGGACAAGAGAAAAGAGAAACAAACUAGAAACACCGCAGCGUAAAUUCUUACAUUGUUUUGUUUUUUGGUUGUCACAUCCUGAGGAUGAAAUUUUUCAAGCGGGGGAAAUAACAGUGUGAAAAAGACUGACUUGAACUUUGUUUUGUCAAAAUUCUGAGCGCAGAUCCAACGUACAGACCAAGUUCUAGCCACCAAAAGGGAAACAUGAACAUUUGAAAUGAAGUGAAAUGAAUGUACUGCAAAUGCACUGCUGUUUGAACCACCAUUUGAACAUUCUUUCAUCACACAACCGUCUAUUCUAAGAUGUACUUCUGUAUAUCCUGUGUUUGUGUACUGAGGUUGCAACCCAUAGUUAAAAGGAAGGUAAAGGUGGAGCCUGUGACAAGGUUCACAUUCCAUCAGGGGUGGAUGAACAAUAUAUUAUAUUUGUUUUUUUGCCAGUGGAAGUGCUGUGACCGCCUUUAAAGUGAACUAAUGUGAACUGCAGCCUUGCUUUGCGUGCGAUUUGUCCUGCGAAAGGUAGCCGUGGUUGAUGCAGGAGCAGAUGUAGUCAUGCUGUAGGUACCCUGGGAGCAGUAGUGCUGCUCCUGGCUGCUUUGGGUGCUGGACACCUUGUACUGGAACAUAUUUUGUACAUACUCAGCAUUACUUUGGUCAGUGUUUUAGUCAGCAUUCUGAUUCCUUUGAAUGUAAAGGCAGCCAAUGAAGUAAUCUGCUACUGGAGUAGUUUAUAUCUGUACACCUUUUAGGUAGACAGUUUUUUUUUCUUAAAGGAAUGCUCAAGUGUUUUCAGUCUCUGUAUUGUACGGUCAGAACCACAGACAAUAAAUGUGAUGCAUUUUUAUGUAUUUAGUACAAAGACAGAAAAAUUGUUGGGGGGUUCUAAAGGCCCAAAAAAUGUGAGGCACAUUACAGUCUUCAUUUUCUUUAAGAACUUCACACUGUGUUUUUUUUAAUAGUGCUUCUGGCAGCACGUCUGUUGCUUAGCAACAACAGCGUCAGUCAGCUGUGUUAGCGAGCUAUCGUAUCUACAGGCAGAAAGUUGAACAACUACUUAAGUAGCCUAUGCCAUGCUGCUAGCACAAAGAUAAGGUAAAAAAAAACAGUUUUUUAUUUAUGUAAUGAUGUGAUGUUGUGAUAAUCCCUCCUUCAUUAUAGUUGUUACUGAAGGUCCAACUUACCUUUGAUCUGAUUGGUCAGCACAGAAAAAAUGCACAAGCCAUAAGGUACUUGACCUCUUCCAGGUAAACGCUCUUCAGGUGAGGCAGGCCCUGCGUCAGGCAGACAUCGCUAGCCGUGUGGUGUAAAAAGCUACAUAAAUUAACACAGUAGGGUUUGCAUGCAUCAUUUCAUAUCAGCUGCAUUUUAAGGAUGCACUGCAUGUUGAGGGAAGAUUCAUCAACAGACACAUUUUCUAAAUGGGUCAAGCUAUGGUGAAUGUGUUUGAAUGCGUGGCUCCUCUGGACAGAUCUACCAA